ACGGCGGUGCCCGUAACUAAGCCUGGUGAAUUUAAGGGCAAAAUAUGGGUUGUGUUAGCUGCUGGUGGCGUUGACUGGAAAAACUAUUCAAUACAUGCCAACCUAUACCACGCGUAUCAAAUGUUUCGCGGGAACGGUAUUCCCGAAGAAAAUAUAAUAGUUAUGCAUUACGACGACAUCGCAUACAAUACACAAAACCCAUCGAAGGGUAAAGUGUUUAAUAAAUUCAAUGGCAGUGAUGUCUACUACGGAGUGCCUAAACAUUAUACUGGAGAAUACGUUACACCCGAUAACUUUUUAGAUAUACUUAAAGGCGAUGAGGGAUUGUCCCAAAAUGGCAAAUGGCCCGUGGUCAAUAGCGGCCCCGAUGAUCAUAUAUUUGUUUAUUUUAUUGACCAUGGUUCGCAU